AUGUUCUCUUACCUACUCGCCAAUAACUUUAUCGAGAACGAAAUUCAAAAGGGCUUCACCCCUCAUAUAUCGGGGACAUUUGAACAUACAGCACAAAUGGCUUAUAUAAUCAAUCAAGCACGAAUAAGACAGCGAUCUCUCGUUAUAACCCUUCUUGAUCUCAAGAAUGCGUUUGGUGAAGUAUAUCACAAUUUAAUCCAAUCUGUUCUUGGCUAUCAUCGCAUACCUCAACAUAUUCAACUCAUGAUUAAAAGCCUUUACACAAACUUUAAAACAUCAAUCAUCACAUCUGAUUUUAACACCCCAUUUGUAGAAGUAGGUCGUGGAGUUUUGCAGGGAGAUUGCCUCAGUCCAUUACUAUUUAACCUAUGCUUUAAUACUUUUAUCCAGCACAUAAAAUCGGAGAAAUAUCAACAGUUUGGUUUUUCUUAUAAACUUCUCAACCCAAUUCAUUGGUUCCAGUUCGCUGACGACGCAGCCGUAAUAACCGGCCAAGAAUCUGAAAAUCAACACCUACUAAACCGUUUUGCAAUUUGGUGUCAAUGGUCAGACAUGAUUAUUCGAGUAGAUAAAUGUAGCACCUUUGGCAUCAAAAAAGCUCUCACCAAAUCAAUUCAAUACCUCCCUAAGUUAAUCAUUAACAAAUCUAUUAUUCCAGCUGUUGAAAGUGGAAAAUCAUUCUGCUAUUUAGGAAGGUACUUUGAUUACGAAAUGACAAACAAUGAACAUAAAUCAGAAUUAGUCUCCCUAUUGACAGACCUAAUGAAAGAAAUAGAUCUGAAGCCAUUACAUCCGAAAAACAAGAUUCUCCUCUACAGUCGCUACGUUCUUUCAAAACUCUCAUGGCAUUUCACUAUAACAUCAAUUCAAAAAACGUGGAUUUCUGAAAACCUGGACUCAGUUUUCAAACAAUACAUUCGUGAAUGGCUUGAGGUACCUAUUUCUGGAUCACUUAGUAAUAUUUACCUAACCAGUAACAAAUUUGGUCUGAACAUUAUCUCCCCAUCAACUAAAUUCAUACAAUGUCAAACAACUAUCCGCAGUGCUUUGAAGUCAUCUCCUAAUGAAUCAAUAACCCACCUCUGGAAAUCGACCUGUAAUCAUACUAACACCCAAUAUGAUCAGUAUACGUCGACAAAAGAAGUAAUCAAGUCAUUCCGUGAAGUUCAUGAAGAUAAAUUGGAAAAUCGGUUAAAAUGUCAAGGUUCAUUCUUCUCCAGCAUCUCAAAAUUUUCACUACCCCAAGUAAAUUCGAUUUGGCCAACCUGUCAAUCCAAACUACCAAAAAACAUUUUCAACUUCACUAUUCGCUACAUAAACAAUUCGCUACCAACCCGUAAAAACCUUCAAAAAUGGGGACUCUCCUCGUCCUCUGAGUGCUCGUUUUGCCUUAAACCUGAAUCUAUGUUACACGUUGUUGCUGGCUGA